UCGGAGCUGUGCGAAAGCAGAAAAGCACAGGAAAAAAAAGCAUGAUGCUGAUUCGCGACACAUCGCGUUCCGCGGUGAUUGCAUUCGCGUUAUUCUGCCUACUAAGUGGAUUCAAUUGUCUCAAUGGCGCCAUGGCCGCCGGCAAGGUAGACGACUCGAAAGGGCCCGUCUUCCUGAAGGAACCGACGAACCGCAUCGAUUUCUCCAACUCGACCGGAGCCGUGGUAGAGUGCAGCGCGACCGGCAAUCCACCACCGGAAAUGAUCUGGAUCCGCAGCGAUGGCACGGCCGUCGGCGAUGUACCCGGGCUGCGUCAGAUCCUGCCGAACGGAAACCUUGUGUUUCCGCCGUUCCGCGCCGAGGACUACCGGCAGGAGGUACACGCCCAGGUGUACGCCUGCAUGGCCAAGAACCAAUUUGGAUCGGUCAUUUCGCGCGAUGUCAACGUUCGAGCCGUCAUACAUCAGUUCUACAAAACGCGCGUCAUCGACGAGUACGUUCUGAACGGCAAUGCUGCCAUACUGAAGUGUCUCAUACCGUCAUUCAUCGCGGAUUUCAUAAGUGUCACAUCGUGGGUAGCGGACGAUGGCACAGAAAUCGAACUGAAUGCGUCAACCGACGGUAAAUACAUGGUCCUCCCAUCCGGUGAGCUGCAUAUUCGUGAAGUUGGACCCGAGGACGGUUACAAGAGCUACCAGUGCCGUACCAAGCAUCGUCUGACCGGGGAAACGCGACUGUCGGCCACCAAGGGACGCCUGGUAAUUACAGAACCGGUUGGCAGUGUGGCACCGAGAUUGACGUCCGGUGACGAAAGCCGCAAGCUGCUCGUACAGCGGGAGGCCAAUGUUACGAUGCUCUGCCCUGCUCAGUCAUUUCCGGUACCAGUGUUUAGAUGGUACAAGUACCUCGAGGGAACUCAGCAGAAGAAAGCCGUUGUUCUGGAUGAGCGCGUGAAACAGGUAUCGGGAACGCUGAUCAUUAAGGACGCCGUCGUAGACGAUUCCGGCAAGUAUCUGUGCGUGGUUAACAACUCGGUCGGAGGCGAAAGCGUCGAAACGGUUCUGACUGUGACAGCACCGCUAGCGGCCAAGAUUGAGCCUCGCACGCAGACAGUAGAUUUCGGGCGUCCGGCUGUGUUCACGUGUAAGUUCUCCGGCAACCCCAUCAAAACGGUGUCCUGGACGAAGGACGGCAAAUCGCUGGGCCACAGUGAUGCGGUGUUGCGCAUCGAAUCGGUGAAGAAAGAGGACAAGGGUAUGUACCAGUGCUUCAUUCGCAACGAUCAGGAAAGCGCACAGGCCAGUGCGGAGCUCAAGCUCGGAGGACGAUUUGAUCCGCCAAUCAUUCGCGAAGCUUUCCCGGAGGAAACGCGUCACCCAGGACCAUCCGUGUUUCUGAAGUGUGUUGCUGGCGGUAACCCGACGCCCGAAAUCAGCUGGGAGCUGGAUGGCAAGAAGAUCACCAACAGCGAGCGGUACCAGGUUGGACAAUACGUAACCGUCAACGGCGAUGUCGUGUCGCAUCUGAACAUCACCUCCAUCCAUUCGAACGACGGGGGUUUGUACAAAUGUAUGGCUAGCAGUAAGGUUGGCGUCGCCGAGCAUUCCGCCAAGCUGAAUGUCUAUGGUUUGCCGUACGUACGUACGAUGGAAAAGAAGGCUAUCGUGGCUGGCGAAACGUUGAUAGUGACCUGCCCGGUUGCUGGCUAUCCGAUUGAGUCGAUUGUCUGGGAGAGAGACAACCGUCAAUUGCCAAUCAACCGUAAGCAGAAAGUGUUCCCCAAUGGAACCUUGAUCAUCGAAAACGUCGAACGAAACUCCGACCAAGCUACCUACACAUGCGUCGCUAAAAACUCCGAAGGAUACACUGCUCGCGGAACAUUGGAAGUCCAAGUCAUGGUUUCUCCACAGCUAGUUCCGUUCGAUUUCGGUGAAGAUGCCGUGUUCGCUAUGGACAUGGUGUCUGCCACGUGUACCGUCAAUAAGGGUGACCUUCCGAUCGAUAUCGUGUGGCUCUUGAACGGGCGCAAAAUAUACUCGAACGAUGGCAUCCUAAUCAGCCGUCCAAGUCCCCGCUUGAGCACGCUCAGUAUCGAAUCCGUGCGCGACCGGCACAGUGGCAACUACAGCUGCAUCGCCAUGAACCAUGCCGGAAGCAUGGAACACGUCUCGCAACUGUUGGUGAACGUACCUCCCAGGUGGAUUCUGGAGCCUACUGACAAAGCGUUUGCCCAAGGUUCGAAUGCCAAAGUUGAAUGUAAAGCAGAUGGUUUCCCGAAACCACAGGUGACCUGGAAGAAAGCAGUGGGUGAUACUCCUGGAGAGUACAAGGAUCUGCGCUCGAACGAUUCCAGCAUUCGCGUAGAGGAAGGCUCACUGUUUAUCCAGAAUAUUCAAAAAUCGAACGAAGGCUACUAUUUGUGCGAGGCAAUCAACGGUAUCGGAUCUGGAUUGAGUGCGGUUACUUUGAUCACCGUCCAGGCGCCGCCAGAGUUUGUGGAAAAGUUGCGCAAUCAAACGGCACGACGUGGAGAACCGACCGUCCUGCAGUGCGAAGCGAAGGGGGAAAAACCGAUCGGCAUUCUGUGGAACAUGAACAACAUUCGUUUAGAUCCGAAGUCGGACAACCGCUAUACCAUUCGUGAGGAAAUCUUGCCCAAUGGAGUGACUUCGAGCCUGUCCAUUAAGCGCACGGAACGCAGCGAUUCGGCGCUGUUCACUUGUAUGGCCACGAACGCGUUCGGAAGCGACGAUACGAGCAUCAACAUGAUCAUCCAGGAGCCAUCAGAGAUGCCGUACGCACUAAAGGUGCUGGACAAGUCGGGACGUACUGUGCAGCUGAGUUGGGCCAAGCCGUACGAUGGAAACUCACCGCUGAAACGGUAUAUCAUAGAAUUCAAGCGGUCUCGUGGAUCAUGGGAAAAUGAUAUUGAUCGUGUGAUCGUCCCUGGUGAUACCAAUGAGGCGCAAGUGCAGAAGCUGAGCCCGGCAACAACAUACAAUAUCCGAAUCGUAGCGGAGAACGAAAUCGGUGUAUCGGAUCCUUCGGAUGUGGUCACGAUCAUCACGGCUGAGGAGGCACCUUCGGGUAAACCACAGGCUAUCAAGGUGGAACCAAUCAAUCAAACAACCCUGCGCGUAAGCUGGAAGGCACCACCGCGCGCCGAAUGGAACGGCGAUAUCUUGGGAUACUACGUCGGCUUCAAGCAAACAUCCGUGAACUCGUCGUUCAUUUAUGAGACCGUCAACUACUCGCUUGAAGGAGGUGAAGGCAAGGAACAUAGCCUGGAGAUCAACAACUUGAAGACGUACACGCAAUACUCGAUCGUCAUUCAGACUUUCAACAAGGUAGGUGCCGGACCGAUGAGCGACGAAGAGAAGCAGUACACCGCCGAGGGCACACCCGACCAACCACCAAGUGAUACGAUGUGCACGACAUUGACCUCGCAAACCAUCCGCGUGUCUUGGGUGAGUCCACCAUUGGAGUCAGCAAAUGGCGUUAUCAAAGGCUACAAGGUAGUGUACGCUCCGAGUGACCUCUGGAACGACGACAAAAACAAGGACUACAAGAAGACUGCUUCAAGCGACACUGUGCUGCAUGGUUUGAAGAAAUACACCAACUACACAAUGCAGGUACUGGCCACCACAUCAGGUGGCGAUGGUGUACGUAGUGCUCCAAUCCAUUGUCAAACGGAACAGGACGUACCGGAGGCCCCAACUGCCGUCAAGGCACUGGUUAUGUCGGAGGGUUCGAUUCUUGUUUCCUGGCAGCCACCGGCGCAACCGAAUGGCUUGAUCUUGCAGUACACCGUCUACAUCAAGAGCGGCGAUCAAGAACCCAAGAGCCACAAGGUGCCAUCGUACCAGAUGAGCUACGAGGCUUCGGGAUUGGAGAAAAACCAAAAAUACGAGUUCUGGGUUACCGCAUCCACCACGAUCGGCGAAGGACAAUCGUCCAAGACACUUUCGGCCAUGCCGAGCGACAAGGUACCGGCGAAGAUCGCAUCAUUCGACGAUAAAUUUACUGCCACCUUCAAGGAAGACGCCAAGCUGCCGUGUUUGGCCGUCGGUUCUCCGACUCCCGAUAUUACAUGGAAGAUCAAGGGUGUAGAGUUUGUACCCAACGAACGAAUCCGUCAGCUGCCGGAAGGAUCACUUUUCAUUAAGGACGUCAUUCGCCAGGACGCUGGUGACUAUACCUGUACGGCUGAAAACUCGAUCGCCAAGGAUUCCAUCACGCACCGGCUUAUCGUAUUGGCCCCUCCGCAGUCCCCACAACUAACCCUAACGGCUACGACCACGGAUUCGCUGUCAGUAAAACUGAAGCCUCAUGAAUCCGACACUGCGCCUCUGCAGGGAUACACGCUCCACUACAAACCAGAGUUUGGAGAGUGGGAAACGAUUGAUGUCGCACUCGAGGCCCCGAAGUAUACCAUCGAAAAGCUGUUUUGCGGCUCGCGCUACCAGGUUUAUGCUACCGCUUACAAUACCAUUGGCGCCGGAGAACCAUCCGACAUUCUGAAUACACGCACGAAAGGCUCGAAACCACUGUUGCCAGAAAAAUCUCGCUUCAUCGAAGUUUCAUCGAACUCGAUCACGCUGCAUCUACCGGCCUGGAAGGAUGGUGGCUGUCGCAUGUCGCAUUUUGUUGUUGAACACAAAAAGAAGGAUCAAAUUGACUGGAACCAGAUUUCCAACAAUGUGAAGCCAGGCGGAAACUUUGUAGUACUAGAUCUUGAACCGGCAACAUGGUAUAACCUUCGUGUGACCGCACAUAAUAAUGCUGGGUUUACCGUGGCCGAAUAUGAAUUUGCUACCCUCACCAUAACCGGAGGCACUAUUGCGCCGAGCUUCGGUUCCGCACAACCAGGCAGCAUGUAUCCGCCAUGGAUUCCGCACUGGAUUGACCUGAACGUCAUGGUACCGCUGAUCGCGACCGUGAUCGUGGUGGCAGUAGGUGUGCUGGUCAUUUGCGUGGCAAUCUCCCGACGCCGAGACGACGAUCCCCGAUGCGGACCGAAGGAUGUAUACUACGAUGUCGUGUACAACCAGUCGAUGGGACCGGCAGGUGCUGCCACUCUGGACAAGAGACGCCCGGACAUUCGCGAUGAGCUUGGCUACAUUGCACCACCGAACCGGAAGUUGCCACCCGUCCCAGGAUCUAACUAUAAUACCUGUGACCGAGUGAAGCGAGGAACCGUUAUCAGCCAUAAUCCCUCCAUAAAAUCCAAUCAUACCACUUGGGAUCCACGCCGUCCGCUGUACGAAGAACUGAAGAAGGCACCGCCACCACUGCCAAGACGUUUCAACCAUCCACCGGCGUGUUAUGGCAUGGAGGAUGAAAUUUGCCCGUACGCCACAUUCCAUCUGCUCGGAUUCCGUGAAGAGAUGGACCCGACGAAGGCGAUGAAUUUCCAAACCUUCCCACAUCAGAACGGCAUGGGAGGCCCGGGUCACAUGGGCACGAUGGGCUCCAACAUGGCGAUGCAGGUACCUAGCCACGUCCACUCACGUUCCGGAUCGCAGUCAAUGCCACGCCAGAAUCGCUAUGCGCGCAAGAACAGCCAAGGUGGCCAGAGCAGUAUCUACACACCUGCACCGGAAUACGAUGAUCCGGCGAACUGUGCCGAGGAAGAUCAAUAUAGGCGCUACACUCGCAUCAACUCGCAGGGCGGCUCAUUGUACUGCGGUCCUGGUCCCGAGUAUGACGAUCCGGCCAACUGUGCCCCAGAAGACGAUCAGUACGGUUCACAGUACGGAGGCAACUAUGGCACGCCGUACGAACACUAUGGAUCGCGAGGAUCGGUAGGACGCCGUAGCGUUGGUUCGCCGGAACCCCCACCACCACCACCGCGCAACCACGACACGAGCAACUCGUCUUUCAACGACUCUAAAGAAAGCAAUGAAAUAUCCGAGGCUGAAUGUGACCGCGACAAUGGACCGCGUGGAAACUACGGAGAAACGAAGUCAAACCCAAGUACACCAAACAAACAGCAGCCGCCGGUAGCACCGGACUCACAGCCUACGAUACUAUGGCAGUGUAAUCUGUAAGUCAGUAAGACAAGCAUAAGCUGUUCCCCCCGUCCAACCAACGGACAUGGCCAUUUGUCCACGGGGAAAUGGAAGUCCAUAGAUGCUCCACAGUGAGGUGUGUGGUGUUGGCUGUUUGCCAUCGUCGUACAGCCUUGCAGCGAAUGAGAGUGAUUUGGCAUGUGCUGGCAGGACGUGGGUUACAUACGUUGCCGGAGCUGGCGCGAUCGACACAUGCGUUUCUAGUUAUUUAAGUAAUGCCCUUCAAUCCGCGCGUAAUGGAUUGCUCUGAUUUCCUUUGUAUGUGUGUGUAUAUGUAUCGCUUUUCCUGGAACCAGGAUAAUGUAGGAUCGAACCAACUAACCAGUUGCUUUUUUGACUUGCGUAAACCCCCAUGUUAAUUGCGGUACGCUUCUUGUGGAUAGUUUAAAAAAUCAAAGGAUAAUACUAUUAGGAUUAGUUCUCUUCGCCUGGAUAUUAACUUUUAUCAACUAAUAAUGAUCGGCGCAAAGUAGUGGAGAGGAGGGCGGAAGAGUGAUUUUAACCCAUACACCGGCACGCACAUGCUCAGUCACCAGUACGGUAGUCGAUAACCGGUAGUUUAAUGCUAUCGAACAUAAAAAUAUAUAGAAGCCAUCAUCAACUCGCAGCGUAGGGCCGCGUUCUUUCCUGCUGUUGGAACGAUCCCAGACACCAAAUCAGAAGGUAUAAAGUUAGCUUUUUUAUUAGACCUACAUGUCACUACUAUUCGUUUGCUAAAUAAGAUAAAAUCAGACUUUAAGAUAAAAGAAGCACAAAGAGAUGAGACGAAGCUAGUGAUCCUCGAUCGCUAUGACUGCAGCGAAACGAGCAAACACACCUGACAGGCACUUUAUCUUACCCACCGCGUUUUAUAGCAGUAUAUCAUCGAACAGUACAUUUGAUGAUCGCGGAGGAUCGAGUGUUGCAUUUGCUAUGCUGAUUGGAACACACCGUUGGAACUGAACGAUGGAGAAAAACGAAACGCGAGUGUCGGGAAAGCCAACCGUCGGUCGUUGGUUCUAAACAUAAAGCUUAUUCAAAUUCUUCUAAACUAAUCGAAUGUAGGCAUCGUCGUGGAUCGUUCCGAUAGAAGGCGGGGCAGUAAUAAUUGAUACCAAUCUUGAUAUAUAUGAAGUUUAUAAAAGACUCACCUUUUCGAUUAACCGCCCUUUUCCCCCACCCAAUCCGCAUAUUGCAUUCUCUUAUACAUAAUUUACCACCUGACGAAAAUGAAAAUUAGAUUUAAUCUGGUAAGGCUAAAACGUAGUUUAAUAAACUAAGCAUAGGAUGGAAUCAAUUGUAUGUAUGGAAAGAGUCUGCAACCAGCUAGCAGCAGAUCGAAAAAAUGGACAAACGGAAAGUAGUUGAUCUUGAAACGUGUGCAGUCGGUAAAAUGUUUUCCCAUGCAGAUCACACUCAUAACACCUUAUCGGGAAUACUGGAAGGAAGGAAAUGCUCCGA